AUGGCCAGCGCGCGCAGCUCCAACUUCCCCGUGCGGCGGCCGAAUAGCAGCGACCAAGAGAAGGAGGAGAUAUGGAAGCCCAUGCUGGACAAUAUCUCGAGCGGAAAGCGUCUGCCAGAGAAGAGCUUGCUUGUACUUGGCGGUACACCAGAAACACAGAGGGAGUUCCUUGAAUCGGUAGCCACAGAUCCUACCAACAAUCGAAGGCCUCCGGAUAGAGGCCGGAAGCCGCCAAUCGCAAACCAGUUCGCGCUGGGCUACACAUAUCAAGACGUGCUCGACACUGAUCAUGAAGAUACGCUCGCUCGUCUUUCUCUAUAUCUCCUCACAACCCCCUCGCCAUCGUUCACGCCGCUCAUAAAACCGUACCUUCAUCCUCGCACACUCCCGCACAUGCUAGUCGUUAUUUUGCUUGAUUGGAACCACCCAUGGUUAUGGAUAAGACAGCUGCGGGACUGGAUCCGCGUUCUGCGGUCGCUCAUCGUAUCUCUCGAUAUCGAUGCGAAGGAGGUGCUUGAGGAGAACAUAACAGUCCACCGAGACAGAGGUCGCAAUCUUGGCGGCGCCGAGGCAAACAGUGCAUUGGAGAACGUCACAGCACCCUUGGGGCCUGGAGAGUGGGAUGAACCCCUAGGCAUACCACUAUGCGUCGUCUGCCAGAACGCCGACAAGAUCGAGUCUCUGGAGCGAGAGCGGGGUUGGAAGGAGGAGGAGUUCGAUUUCAUCCUGCAGUAUCUGCGGACUAUACUUCUCAAGCACGGUGGCAGCCUUGUAUAUACUAUGCCAUCAGCCCCCGGAUCGCUUCAGACGCUCAUUCACUCCACUUUGGGAAUAAAGUCCCUCCUGAAGCAGAAGCAACUCAAGCACAACGUCACGGAUCGCGAUCGAGUGUUGGUUCCGCCGAACUGGGAUUCUUGGGCGAAGAUCAGAAUCUUGAGGGACGGUUUUGACGUGGAGGGAGUCAGCAAGAACUGGUCGGUCGACAUUGAUAACAUCCCGCAACAAACCAGGGCUGCCACGAACGGCGAAGUCCCAGCCGAAGGCGAGGUGCAGGAAGUCAGUGCUCCGCCGCAGCAGAUAGAAGAAGAAGAUGAGGGCCCCACUGCCACCACAAUCUACGAAGAGACGAUCCGCAACCCCGAAUCGGACUUCCCGCUUUCCGCACUGAAUUCCAAGCAGACGAACGGCAUCGAGGUAUCAAGCCAAGACACACAGGACUUCCUCAAGGCGCAGGUCGAGCUCUUGGACCAAUUGCGUCUCGAAGAUGAGAAAGAGGCAAAGGUUAAAGCGGCGAAGAAAGACGUGGACAACUACCGGACGUACACGGACGAUGCAUCAGGCGUGGUGGAAGAGCACAUUGGUCCCGUGCAGUUCAACAUGGGCGGUAUUCAAGUCAACGCUGACGAGAUGGUUAAGCGAUUGCAAGAGCGCGAGACCAGCAGAGCCACUGAGUCCGAGGCUGUCACGACACCGCCCGUGAACGGUUCCGAUCCCGCCAACAUGGACAACGAAAAACUCAUGUCCUUCUUCUCCGGCCUCAUCAAGAAGCCCUCCGCCAAAUAA